AUGCAGUUGCCUGUGCGGCGAGGUAUGCGAGUACUCGAAAUCGGUUGCGGAACUGGUGGCCGAGCUCGCGAACUCGCACACUUUUCUGACGUCAAAGUCGUCGGAGUUGACGCGGACUCGUCGAACAUCGAGCUCGCUCGCAUUUGCACGGAGAAUGCGCAAUUGAGCCACCGUGUCAGCUUUACUCAAGCUUCGAUGGAAACCCUCUGUGCCGUCUUCGAGGAUAAUACGUUCGAUGCGGUAUUCUCCGUGGAAUCGAUCACCAAUAGUGCGCACUUUGACGUCAUCUGCAGCCAAGUCAGACGAAUCCUGAAACCAGGAGGCAAGUUUGCCUUCUAUCGUUGGUGCAUGUCCGAUACAUGGGACGCAGCGCGCAUGGACCAUCGCCAAAUAUACCAGCAGCUGGGCGAAGCCAUCUUCUCUCAUGGCCAGCCACUCCGAGUCCAGUCAAUAGAGAACACAAACGCGGCUCUGGGGCUCGCUGGCUUCUCUCUCUGCCACUCGGAGGACCUCGCCAGGCGUAUCGAUGACGUUCCUUGGUAUCACACCCUUGAAGAACUGGAGCACGGGCACCUUGAUGAGGGUCUAUCGUGGGCGUGGUGGAACGAAGGCCCGGACGCUGGACCAGCUACUCAGGCUCAGGCUCGAAACCAGUCGCUGGAUUUCGCGAUCCGCACCAUCCUGAAGGCGGGAAGACAGGGACUAUUGACGCCCAUGGCGCUAUUUGUUGUGCAAAAGAACUCCGAUAUCCAGCCGCUGAGCCAUGCUGCCAUGUCCAAUAAGCGUGAGUAA